AUGUCCUGGUUGUCAGGGUAAGGUGGAGACAAAACAACCAAAGACAGACUGACUGACUGACAGGAAUAUACAGAGAGAACCCUUGUGCUUUUACUGACCACUGAUUGACCAUUGGCUAGUGGCUACAUUCACAGAGAGGAUACAGUUCUCUGGUCUUCAUCAGGCAUCCAUAUCCCAGGUGGGGGUGGAAGGUCCUAUAUAUAGGAGCAGUACUCAGUGACAUCCCUGCCUGAAAUAGGAGAAUAUUUCGUGGGCUAUCAGCGGAACAGAGUGUGAGCUCCAGAAACCGAACAUGACUGAAAACGGACUUGGGAACCGGGUGCUUAACAUGGACACCAUGAACCCGAAUGUAAAGCGGGUUGAGUAUGCUGUCCGUGGUCCAAUCGUGCAACGCGCAUUGCAGAUUGAAAAUGAGCUCAAAGAGGGGGUUGAGAAGCCUUUUACAGAGGUCAUCAAGGCCAACAUUGGUGAUGCGCAUGCUAUGGGCCAGAAACCAAUCACAUUUCUCCGACAGGUUGUAGCGCUCUGCGCCUACCCAGAUCUCCUAGAAGACGACAAGUUUCCAGAGGACGCUAAAAAUAGAGCACGGCGCAUCCUUCAGGCCUGUGGAGGGGGAAGUAUAGGUGCAUACAGUGCUAGUCCAGGCAUUGAGAUCAUACGACAGGAUGUGGCUAAAUAUAUUGAGAAGCGGGACGGUGGCAUCCCCAGUGACCCCGACAGCAUCUACCUCUCCACCGGGGCCAGUGAUGCCAUAGUGACCAUGCUAAAGUUGUUGACGUCAGGCGAGGGGAAGAACCGUACAGGGGUGAUGAUCUCCAUCCCUCAGUACCCCCUCUACUCUGCUGCUCUGGCUGAGCUGGCGGCUGUCCAGAUCAGCUACUACCUGGACGAGGACAAGUGUUGGAGCCUGGACGUUGGUGAGCUGAGGAGGGCUGUGAAGGCAGCCAGGGAGCACUGUAACCCCCGCGCCCUCUGUAUUAUCAACCCUGGCAACCCCACAGGUCAGGUCCAGAGCAGGCAGUGCAUUGAAGAUGUGAUCCGAUUCGCUGCUGAGGAGCACCUUUUCCUGAUGGCUGAUGAGGUGUACCAGGAUAAUGUGUAUGCGGAGGGUUGCCAGUUCCACUCCUUUAAGAAGGUUCUGUUUGAGAUGGGACCAGAGUACUCCAGUGUUGUGGAGCUGGUCUCUUUCCACUCCACCUCCAAAUGCUUCAUGGGAGAGUGUGGUUUCAGAGGAGGGUACAUGGAGGUGGUUAACAUGGACCCUGAGGUGAAGUUGCAGCUGACUAAGCUGGUGUCUGUGCGGCUGUGCCCCCCCAUCCCUGGGCAGGCCCUACUGGACCUGGUGGUCAAUCCCCCUCAGCCUGACGAGCCUUCCUAUGCCACCUUCAUCAAGGAGCGUACUGCCAACCUGGAUAUCCUGGCUGAGAAGGCCAAGAUGACAGAGCAGGUCCUCAACACGGUCCCAGGGAUCCACUGUAACCCUGUCCAGGGAGCCAUGUACACCUUCCCCCGCCUAUCACUGCCAGAGAAAGCCAUCAAUGCGGCAAAGGAGAAAGGCCAGGCUCCAGACAUGUUCUACUGUAUGAAGCUGCUGGAGGAGACUGGUAUCUGCCUGGUUCCAGGUAGUGGCUUCGGGCAGAGAGAUGGAACCUACCAUUUCAGGAUGACCAUCUUACCUGCAACUGAAAAGCUGAAGGUUGUAUUGGAAAAGAUCAGGGAGUUUCAUAAGCGUUUCACAGAGGAGUUCUCAUAACCCCACUCCUCUUCCCAGUCUGGUCUGUAACAAAACCCCACUCCUCUUCCCAGUCUGGUCUGUAACAAAACCCCACUCCUCUACCCAGUCCAGUCUGUAACAAAACCCCACUCCUCUUCCCAGUCUGGUCUGUAACAAAACCCCACUCCUCUUCCCAGUCUGGUCUGUAACAAAACCCCACUCCUCUUUCCAGUCCGGUCUGUAACAAAACCCCACUCCUCUUCCCAGUCCGGUCUGUAACAAAACCCCACUCCUCUUCCCAGUCUGGUCUGUAACAAAACCCCACUCCUCUUCCCAGUCCGGUCUUUAACAAAACCCCACUCCUCUUCCCAGUCUGGUCUUUAACAAAACCCCACUCCUCUUCCCAGUCCGGUCUGUAACAAAACCCCACUCCUCUUCCCAGUCCGGUCUGUAACAAAACCCCACUCCUCUUCCCAGUCUGGUCUGUAACAAAACCCCACUCCUCUUCCCAGUCCGGUCUUUAACAAAACCCCACUCCUCUUCCCAGUCCGGUCUUUAACAAAACCCCACUCCUCUUCCCAGUCUGGUCUGUAACAAAACCACACUCCUCUUCCCAGUCUGGUCUGUAACAAAACUACACUCCUCUUCCCAGUCCGGUCAUUAACAAAACCCCACUCCUCUUCCCAGUCCGGUCUGUAACAAAACCCCACCCCUCUUCCCAGUCCGGUCUGUAACAAAACCUCACCCCUCUUCCUAGUCCGGUCCGGUCUGUAAGAAAACCCCACCCAUCUUCCCAGUCCGGUCUGUAACAAAACCUCACCCCUCUUCCCAGUCCGGUCCGGUCUGUAAGAAAACCCCACCCAUCUUCCCAGUCCGGUCUGUAAGAAAACCCCACCCCUCUUCCCAGUCCGGUCUGUAACAAAACCUCACCCCUCUUCCCAGUCCGGUCCGGUCUGUAAGAAAACCCCACCCAUCUUCCCAGUCCGGUCUGUAAGAAAACCUCACCCCUCUUCCCAGUCCGGUCCGGUCUGUAAGAAAACCCCUCCCAUCUUCCCAGUCCGGUCUGUAAGAAAACCCCACCCAUCUUCCUAGUCCGGUCCGGUCUGUAAGAAAACCCCACCCAUCUUCCCAGUCCGGUCUGUAAGAAAACCCCACCCAUCUUCCCAGUCCGGUCUGUAAGAAAACCUCACCCCUCUUCCCAGUCCGGUCUGUAACAAAAUCCCACCCAUCUUCCCAGUCCGGUCUGUAACAAAAUCCCACCCAUCUUCCCAGUCCGGUCUGUAACAAAAUCCCACCCCUAUUCCCAGUCUGGUCCAGUAUGUAACAAGACCCCACCCCUCUUCCCAGUCCUGUCCAGUCUGUAACAAAACCCCACCCCUCUUCCCAGUCCGGUCUGUAACAAAACCCCACUCCUCUUCCCAGUCCUGUCCAGUCUGUAACAAAACCCCACCCCUCUUCCCAGUCCGGUCUGUAACAAAACCCCACCCUUCCUCCUCAGAAACUGGUUGGAGAGAUGGUGAAAAUAUCUAACUGAAAGAGUGCCAGUGUGUUACCAACACACCCCCUGUUCGAGACUCUCCCCUCUAGUGUCCUAGACUUGACAUUAAAAGAGGAGCAAUGUGUUAAGAAACUGUACUUUUUAGCAUGGUACCUGGCAUGCUGUUCUGUUUCAGCUAAUUGUUUAAAUUGUGUGUCAGACAGCAUCUACACAGUGUACAUAUGUGAUAAUGUUUUAGUCAUUUUCAGUUCAUGACUAUAACUGAUUGUGUCAGUUGAGGGUUUUACUUGUUUUGCCUAUCUAGUUUUAUAGGUUAUACAGCUACAUUAUGAUCAGUCGUACUAUUAUCAGUAAAUAGUUGGCAGAGGUGUGCUUUUAUUGCAUGCCAGAGGGAGUGCAAUGGCUGUUGCGUUGAAAAGGAUACUGUGAACUACUGUGUGUACGAUGAACAGUCUGAAUGUAGUUACAGUAUUUAAUAACCAUGUUGAUUUUUAUCUUGAAUUGUAAAAAUAUAAAUGAAAGUGUAAUUUCUA